AGAGAGAGAGAGAGACCGGAGGAGCUCGCUAAUUGUGAAUCCAAGAGGACCCGAGCACAAAAAAGUGUGAGGAGAGAAGAGAAGCAGAGGCCGCGCGCUGCUCCCUGGCGCUCCGUGUCGUGUUCAGCGGGAUUAAAUUCCUCCGUGCUCGCAGGCAGACGGAUGUACGGACGGUCGCCCUCUCUCAGUUUGGGUCCUGAACACUGAGGAAAGGGUUUGGGUGUUUUUUAUUUGUUUUUACUCGUGGAGGAGAAGCGGGGGCGCGUUGCUGCUGCAGGCGUCCGCAGCGCCAUGAAGCUCCCGUGCUGGAUGGCUCUCGCGCUGCUGCUCGCGCACUCCGUGGCGACACAGCGUAGUUCAUCACGGCCAGUGGAUGAGGAGAGCUCUGGAGAUGACUUCUACGAUGAUGAGGACCUUUUCUCUGGUUCAGGCUCUGGCUACCCAGAAGUAGAAGUAAGUCCCACUGAAAAGGGUGUGUCCUUCACCACAGAAGAGCCCCUCCCACUUUCAACAACACAGGCCACUGGACCCGCCCCCUCUGCCCCACCGGCUGCAGAACCCAGCAGCACCCCUCCACCAGAAACUGAGAGAGAGAGUGGUAAGGAGAGGGAAAGAGAGCGAGAAAGGGAAAGAGAGAGGGAGAGAGAGCGUGAAAGAGAGCGAGAGAGGGAGAGAGAACGAGAAAGAGAAAGGGAGAGAGAACGUGAAAGAGAGAGAGAAAGAGAGAGAGUAAGGACAAGGACUACGAUUGAGCCCCGGUACCCUACAGUUCCCGUGGUGAUUACAGACUCUCCUGUAACACUGGGUGACACGGAGGACCUGAGCACUGCAGAAGAAGAGGAGGAUCUCUUCAUCACCACGGAAACAUCACCUCCAUAUGAUCCAUUCAGCACUGAGGAAACCUUGACAGAUGACAUCACUACCACAGAGGUUCUUCCCACCACUGUUGCCUCCACCACAGCUCAGCCCACCACGAGUCCAACCACGCCCAGCACUGCCCCUGUGCGGCCACAGAAACCGCAGACCACACCCAGCAGAGCCAGACCCACUGAAAGCAGCGCACGACCAGUGCUUACCUCUACAGUACAGGUGAGGUCUCCAGAGUCAACAGUAAAUAAUGAAGUUGCAGCUGCAGGUCCCAGUGGGGAUUCAGAGAUCCGAGAGGAUGAAGGUCGGGAAGGCAAUGAAGUGGGACGAGGCAAAGGUGUGACCGACACAGGGGCGGAGCCUGAUUUGACUGGCAACACAAUAGAUACAGGAAGUUCAGCUGCUCAGCUUCCUCAGAAGAACAUCCUAGAAAGGAAAGAAGUUUUGAUAGCGGUGAUUGUUGGAGGUGUCGUUGGUGCGCUCUUCGCCGCAUUCCUGGUCAUGUUACUUGUUUACCGGAUGAAGAAGAAGGAUGAAGGCAGCUACACUCUGGAGGAGCCCAAACAAGCCACAGUCACCUAUCAGAAACCAGACAAGCAGGAGGAAUUCUACGCCUAGAAACCACACACUCUCCUUCUUGCAUCCCUCGAUCCUUCUAGUCUCCUCUUCCUCUUGCCCUCCUUUCCUCCCUCCCUUCAUCUCACUCUCUUUCUCUCCUGACUCCCUCUUUUUCUCCAUGAGAGUGCCUCUCACUCUACGGACUUGGGACUUUCUUUUGAAUGGAUUAAAAAGAUAAAGAAAAAAAGGAAGUGGCUGCGGUGAGGAUUUUGGGGAUUGGGCUAGGGAAGGGUAGGGGUUUCACACAUAUGAAGAAAAGGAAAAAAAGACAACUUUUUUAAACUAUUGAUAUGAUUAGGAUUGUUGUUCUAUAAAAUUAUAACAUGAAACUUUUUUGUAAAGACACACAUGCUCUUCAACUGCACAAUAUUCCUCUCCAGCUGAACAUGGGAGUCGAGAAGCAGGAAAGAGGGAGCAAGGAAGGAAAGUAAAAAGACAGAGAGGGUCAUGGAGGGACAGAGAGGGCCGAGAGGGAGGGAGCAAAAGGAUAGAGGAGUGGAGGAGGAAUGCCGAGACCACGCUACUCCGAACAGAUCGCACUUCUGUCACAAAGGCUAAAGGUCAAAUGUUGUGCGGUGCCUUCCAUUUCCCUGGUGCUAGAAGCUGAGCUUGAGCAGAGAACGGUGGGUUUGUGUGCUUGUUUUGUGUAUGGGACUGUGCGGCCUGACAGCGCUGCCAUCUGUGACCUUAGCCCAGCCGCACAGCCCCAUACACACACACGUAUGCGCACAGUCUGACUCCCUCUGCUGGCGAGAGUGUCUGUCAGCAAGGCCAGCCUCAAUGACUGUAGUACUAUUUGUUUGGAGCAGGGAGCCUGGAAAAAAAUCUGUACGUUUAACACAGCACAUAAAACGGUGAGGAAACAUUUGCUGUGAGGGAGUGCAUGCAAAAGAAUCAGAGGAUUAGCCCCUCCUCUGUUCUGUACAAAGACAAUUAGUUAUCAAUAGUAAUAAUAAUCAAUAAUAUAUCAGCAGCUCUGAAUGGAAGGUAAAAGAAGAUAAUAAUAUUAGUAGUGAAGGAUAUUAUCUAUUUAGCUGUGCAGUAAAAGUUUUAUUGGUGUAAAUAUCAACUCCUUUUUUAAUUUCGAUUUAUCAUGCUUUUAAUGAUGUCUUUUACUUAAUAAACGUCUUUGCACACACACAUAUCACUUAAAAAAAUAUCAAAAACGCAAUGUUACAGGAAUCUAAAGAGGAUUUUUUUAAUUUAACACCUUCUUUUCCAUCACUUCAGCCAAAAAAAGGAAAGAAAAAUAUUUUCCAUGUUUUCAGUAUUUUAUUGAUCUUUGAUCAGGUUUCUGGCCUUUGUGUAAAAAAAAAAAAAAGCACAAGCUCACAAGACUGUGUCUCACUUGCAUAUUGGCACUCUCACACAACCACAUUUAUACACAUAACACACUCUACGCUGAAUAGGCUGAAUUCAGAGAAGGGUUAGGAGAUAUGGUAGAAAAUCAGUAGGUAGGAAUUGGAUUUUGGGUCAAGAUUAAAGUAAAAGGCAAAAGACUGAUGGUUCAUGAGGAAUAUUGUGUUUUCAUAAUGGGACACAUCUGCUUAAGGCAUUCUAUAAUGUAGGACUUAUUAUUAUAAUUGUGAAAUUCCAGAGAGGGUCAGAAGAGGGCUGCUUUCGAUUAUGUUCCAUUGUGUUCAAGUGCUGUACACCAAGGUCACUAAAAUAUAAAUGGCUGCACAGUUAGAGUUAGCUAAGAGUGCAUGAUGUAGCAAUAAUGCAGCUAUUUAACAUCAAUACACUCAUAUGCUGUCACCCUCAAGUGCUGGUGAGGGAGAAUGUACCACGUGCUCUCAUGCAGAUGAGAUGCAAUGCCACUGCCUGGCCUUUGUAACCUUGACAAACUCUGUAGUGAGAGGCUGAUUGGCGUUACCAAUAUGAUCACAUAUCAUUUCAUGUGUCAUAGCAGAGGGAAGGGUUUGGAGUGGGUCUGUGUGCCACAGCACAAACAUUAGAGCACUGCGACGUGGCCUAUUGUAGGUCCCUCACUGCCCAUCGUAGCAGACCACUGAUAAAGUCAUUAAUUGAAAACAUAUCACUAUGAUUGGAGGGUUCAAGGGGCUAUAAUGCUAACAGACUGCAUUGAACCACAUUUCAUAAUACAGCCCAUUUGUUUAUUAUGAAGGCGCUGCAAUACUUGCCGAUAGACAAUGUGUGCAGGUCCCACAUUGGAGGCUGCAUUCAAAAGAUGUGGGGAAAUCUUGCCAUGGGGUUGUAGGUUGUACAACUAUCUAAGAUUGUAAUAUCAGUCCAGUGCAUCUGCACCUGUAGCUUGAAUAUUAUGCUCUAACCUGUAUGAUCUUGUCAUGCCUGUGUGUGCAUGUGUGCCCAUACGCUGGCUGGAAUGUAUCUGACAGAUGUUUUUUUCCCUUUCCAGCGUUUCUUCCAUCAUGAGUGAGCUUAUUUAUGGAGCAGGAUUUCUUCAGUUAGCUGGAUAACUUAAGCCAGAUAACAAGACUGGCCAAGAUAAAUGUCCCUCACUUCUCUGCUUAAAGGGUAACUUUGGUCAAAAUGAAAAAUGUACCCAAAGCAUGUCUACUCACCUCCUUCAUCAGUGCCACAAUAAUCUUGAGAGUAAGAGUUUAAGGUUUAAAUACCUUAAAAUCUCAUAAUUCUCAAAGGAUACAACUAAUAUUUUACAGUUUUAGGCCAUAAUGCCCCUUUAACGUUUGGCUUAAAUAUUUUAACUAACUGUGAUAUCUCACUUCAUGAAAUAAUGCCCAGAUCACCCCCCCAAACAUAAACACUUUCACCCUUGUUAGUGUAAAAUGUGCAGAUUCCCACAUACACACAGUCCUCAUUGUAAACAACACUGGUCACAACAUGCGCCUUGCAACUGGGGCUUGGGACCAGACUGAUAACAUCUUAUGCCUGUGAUUCACUACACUAAUGUAUUGUCACGUACAGCUACACACAGUCUAUGACAGUCAUCAUAACUCUAAAAUACCUUUUAGAAUCAGUACAUUUACUACAGCAAUUACAACUUACAACUGUUGGUAUAAUGAUGUUUGGAAUUUUUUUGGAAUACCAUCCACAAAAAUAAAAAGUACUCCACCUGGCUGACCUACGUAGAACUGCUACCAUCACAAGUACACACCCACAUGCUCUCCAACACACCUGUUCACUUGGGAAUGUCUGGCGGUCACUGUGUGUUAAAGUGAAUAGAUUUGUCUCAGUGGAACUUGUUCGAUUGCUGUUUUUUCUACUCAUCUACCUGUAACCUGUCACUCUUUCUGCCCAUGGCCAAAUGAAGAGGCGGGCCUUCCUGCACCCAGACCAGCAUGGUCUUGAUGUGAUGGUUGCCCAUUGUGUUUUAUACAUGUCCAUUUUUUAAGAGCUGAUUUUUCUUUUUCUCAUUGGUUGGUUUGUGUAUAAGGAGGCGAAGUUCUGUCACUAAUAUGCCACUCUGUUCUAAAUAAAAGACCUUAUUGGGUACUUGA